AUGUCUCAGGUUCUUCAUGGUCCUGCUAUAAAUGGUCUAUUGGUAGGGGUUUCAGAGCAGACUGGUGUUGGUUCUUCUGAUGCCUUGAGGAAUAUGUUGGAGCAAUUUACCCAAAGUCCUGCUAUGAGGAAUACAGUAAAUCAAAUGGCUCAACAGUUUGAUAACCAAGACCUUGGAAACAUGCUUUCAGGGUUUGGUAGAGGCCAAGGUGGUGGCAUUGAUCUGACAAGUAUGGUUCAACAGAUGAUGCCCAUAGUUUCUCAAGCUCUCAGUGGUAGGUCUACAAUCCCUCAACAGUUACCAGUUGUCAGGCCUGAUCCCCAGCCGCAGUACAAUGAAAGAAAUUUGAGCGGUGUUGAGAAAGCAAAUGAUCAAGAUACUCAGACUGAACUCCAAGAAAUGGUUCAGAGAAUCGAACACCAGACUCCACCUGAAGAAAUUUUUCGUACUAUAGCCGAAAGUGCUGCCCAAGUAUAUGACAGUGGCAGUGAUGGAGAAGAUCUUGUGAAUGAAUUGUGCCGUGAAGAGGGCCUUGCCAGUGUAAUUAUUUUGUCUUGUGCCAUUUCUCUACCUGUCACCAUUUCAAUUUCAAAACAAUUGUUUGUAAUUGCAUGUAGUGCAAAGCACUCACUCUUUUUCAAUAAAACCAUUUUUAAUUGA